AUGGAAACCUGUCUGACCAGAACGCUGCGGGAUCACUUUACUUUCUGCUCACCGAACCAGAGAAGCCAACCACUGAUCUUUGCAAAAACAAACGUGAUCCUAGGCAGAGGACACAGAGCGUCGUGGUCGUUUAGCUUCUCCGCCUCUGUCCUCUCUGUGCUCAGGGGUAACUUCACGGCGCCAAAGCUGCUGGAGACCAACAUGGGCUUCGGCGUGCUGGGAGUCUUCCUGGGACUGCUCCUCGAGGUGUCCACCCAUGGGCCGCACACCGUCCCCCGGUCGUCAUGGAAACGCCAAGACUUGGACCUGAUGGAGUUCUCGGAGCCGGGCAUCUUUAACUACACCACUCUGCUGCUGAGUGAAGAGGGAGACUCUCUGUACGUCGGGGCCAGAGAAGCCGUCUUUGGACUCAGUCAGAAAAACGUCACACAACGACACAACAAGGCGGAGUGGACCGUGGAAGACCAAUAUAUUGAGAACUGUGUCCUCAAAGGGAAAUCCAGAGAGAGAGACUGUCUUAAUAACAUCCGAGUCCUGCAGGUGGUGGAUAAGGACCGGCUUUAUGUCUGCGGCACUUAUGCUUUCACUCCUCGGUGCGACUACUUGAGUUUAUCUAAUUUCUCGCUCACUGGACGCUGGGAGGAUGGCAAAGGGAGGUGCUCCUUUGACCCGUAUCAAAGCUUCACCACAGUCAUGGUCGACGGUGAGCUCUACACUGGAACCUCUUAUAACUUUUUGGGCAGUGAACCCAUCAUCUCCCGACACUCUCCUCCUCAGCCUCUUGUCAGGACCGAGUACUCCACGGCCUGGCUCAACGAGCCAAGUUUUGUUUUUGCCGACGUGAUCCGAGACGGGAGAAACGAGGCCAACGGCGAAGACGACAAAAUCUACUACUUCUUCACGGAGGUUUCGGUGGAGUACGAAUUCUUUGGCAAGUUGCUGAUCCCUCGAGUGGCGCGAGUCUGUAAGGGCGACCUCGGGGGGCAGCGGACUCUCCAGAAGAAGUGGACGUCCUUCCUGAAGGCCAAACUGGUCUGUUCCAUGCCAGAGCUCAACUUCGUCUUCAACGUGGUCCACGACGUCUUUGUCCUGAAGGGGAAGCACUGGUGGGACACGGUCAUCUACGGCGUCUUCACCUCUCAAUGGGACAACGUGGGUCUGUCUGCAGUCUGUGCCUACAACCUGACGGCUGUGGAGGACGUCUUCUCUAAAGGGAAAUACAUGCAGAAAGCAACAGUGGAGCAGUCUCACACCAAGUGGGUUCGGUACAACGGCCAGACUCCAUCCCCUCGGCCUGGUGCAUGCAUCGACAACAGCAUGCGUCAGCAGGGAGUCAACAGCUCUCUGCAGCUGCCGGACAAGACUCUGCAGUUUGUGAAAGACCACCCUCUGCUGGAGGACCCCGUUCUGCCCAUCGGCAACGGCCCCCGCCUCAUCACCAAAGACGUCAACUACACUCAGAUCGUGGUGGACCGCGUCCCUGCGCUCAGCGGCCGCAUCUACGACGUCAUCUUCACCGGAACUGACAAAGGAAUCCUCCACAAGUCGGUGGUGUACGAAGGAGGCGUCCACACGAUAGAAGAAAUCCAACUGCUGAAAACCUCUGAACCCAUAAAGAACCUGCUGCUGUCCACGAAGACCCAGUCCAUCUACGCCGGCUCAGACUCCGGCGUGGUCCAGAGCCCCACCUCCUUCUGUGGGAAGUAUCUGUCCUGCAUCGACUGCGUUUUGGCCCGAGAUCCGUACUGUUCCUGGGAUCCACAGACGGAGAAAUGCAUCAACAGUGUAGAGAACGGAAAGAGUUGGUUGAUUCAGGAUCUCAGUGGGAAUGCAGACCGAUGCCCAGCACCGUCUCCAGAGCAGUUCCGGUCGGUCAGAGUCAAACCUGGGAGUUCCGCGGAGCUGCCGUGCGGGGGUCUGUCCAACGCGGCCCACGUGGUGUGGAAGGCCAACGGCUCGGUGCUCACAGACGCCUCCCGCUUCCACCUCAUCGCCGACGCCGGGCUCCUCAUCUACAGCGUGGCGAUGGAGGACCAGGGCCGUUACGAGUGCUGGUCAGUGGAAUGGGCCCCGGCCGCGGGCAAGAACUUUAGCCGCCAGCUGGCCGCGUACACCCUCACCCUGGACCUCCCCCAGCCUCAGCCUCCGCCUCCUCACUCAGGUGACGCGACCCCGCCCCUCAUCAGCCCGGACGCAGCUAACACGCAGGCCGCCGCAGGUAACCGUAAGCUAGAGAGAGUGCCACUAACCACCUCAGCUCGUGUCCCCUCCCGUUUUACUACGUCCUUUACAUCCGCACCCCAAACCGACUCAUCACUAACUCCACCCCCCAGCAGCAAGCUCCACCCCAUCCAGCCGCUCUCACCGAGCUCGUACCCGUCCCACGUUGGGAGCAAGGAAGCGACCGCCACCUCGUAUCUGCAGCAAGACAACAGCACGGCCCUGCUCCUUCUCUUUCUGUUGUUUUUCCUUCUCUUUGUGGCUGCCAUGGUUUAUAACUGUUACAUGCAGUACCUGCCGGGCCCCUGUCUGCGCUUGCGGACCGCCCUGAUCGGUAACCACAAAAGCGCCAGUCAGCCCGAGUACCGAGCGUGCGAGGCGGGGUUGAUGGAGGUGUCGUCGAGCGCGGACAAGGCUCUUGCCGCCGAGCCGCCGAAACAGAACGGCAGCCAGUCCACCUCCAACCUGCGAGCGCUGAGGGACACCGGGUACGAGACGGAGCCCGAGUGCGGCACGGCCAACGGGAAAGUGCACUGUUUCAAUGAGAGUCCUUCCACGGAGAAGCCUUUCGACAUAGAUUCUGACUCUCAGCCCAUCGAAUACGCAGACGCAGACGUGGACCUGUGA